ACACCACCUACAUCAAUUGAUAGAACCUGAAAACAUACCUGUCAGCCAACAGAUCACCUUCAACUCUCUUAACAAAAUGGCGACAUUUGUAAAGUUUUUACUGUUUUUAUUGCUGACGUUUGGAUUUUUAAGUUCGAUAAAUGCACAGACAAAGCCACACGUAAAAGUUGCAGCUGUCCAAGAACCUCCGUAUUUGAUGCAAGAGUCAGAUGGAGAGUUUAGUGGGAUUGUUCCAGAUAUACUCAACAAACUUGGGUAUAACUAUACCAUUUAUAUCCCGCCUGAUAAUCGGUACGGUUUUCAAUACAAGAAUGGAACGUGGACCGGAAUGAUAGGAGAACUUGUUGACGGGUCUGCAGAUAUAGCUGGACUGUUUACAGUAACAGCCCGUAGGUCUGAAUUCGUCGAUACGUCGUUCCCAGUCAUGUCCAUAGGUCUAUCUAUCUUGAUGAAGAAGCCAGGGAGUAUGGAGCAAUCACUACAGGAACAUCUUACCAAACUGUUGUAUCCAUUCGAGGGUUCAGUAUGGCUGAUGUCAUUUGUGGCCCUGUUCGUUACCAGCACAGUAUUGUACAUUAUGAUGCAUUUCAACCCAUACGAAUGGAGAAGAAUGUCACGAGAUCACGAGGCGACUUUGCGAGAAGGGGAAUCAUUCACAUGUCCCAACGCUUUCUUCUUUGUGGCCAGUACACUUAUGUGGCAGGGUUACGUGAGAGCACCACGUUCUAUCGGUGCUCGAGUAUUGGUUGUAGCAUGGUGGGCGUUCACGGUAAUUUUCAUCGUAUCAUAUACAGCCAGCCUCACGAACUAUCUCCGUUUAGGACCCCAUCCUGUUGGCAUGGAAGGAUAUACGAAAAUAAGAAGUUUCAGAGAUCUCGCGAACACCAAUGACGUUAGGGUAGGGUUUCAUCCAAGUGGCUCAACUAAACGAUUCUUACGAGAAUCUAAAUCAACUGUGUAUCAAGACCUCUACCAGAAAGGAAUUGAAGACCCAAGUUUUGGUAGUUUGAAUAAUACUGCAAGUUUUGUCAACUACGUGAGGAGUAGACCGUCCGGAGAGUUUGCUGUAAUUCUCGAGAGUUCCGCAUCUAGAUAUAUUGUGAAUCAACUGCCUUGCAAUUUGUAUGCUAUCAACGAAGGAUUCCCAAUGCACCACUAUGUGUUUGGACUGCAAAAGAAUUCACCUUUAAAAGAAGAAUUGAAUAUGGCAUUGCUACGGCUUUCCGAAACAGGGGAAUUACAUGAAAUUGAACGAAAAUGGUUUAAAUCGAAAGUUUGUUCUGAUGCGGUGCUACCAUCACAUGAAUACGGGGAAAUAAAGAUUUUGGCAUUUUAUCGACUUGAUCUAGCAACUUUCUCGACUGCACUACUGAUUGUUAUAGCGGGUAUAAUUAUCGGAGGCGUCAUAUGCAUCAUUGAAAUAUGCAUUUACAGGAAAGCGGAAACGAUUUACAGUUCGGCAGGCGAUUAAAUGGAAGUGUAACAAUUGUGAAACGUAUUAUGGACUCUUUUUUCGUCACAUGAAAUAAGUUUGGUUUUUCACAUGCAAUUAUACAUGUACAUUGUUUUGUGCCUAAAGACGUUAUUAUACGUAAUGUAAAAAUCGAUUUAUAUUUCAGGAAAAUUCCUCCUAUAUUUUUAGUCAUGUUUUUUUUGCGUCAAAACUACAAAAACGUUUUAUUUUGCUUCAAAAUUGGGUAUAUAUGUCAGACAGGCCGGAAGGAGCCGCUGGUCUUGAGCCUUGGACCCCUUCAUUAAAUACCUCCCCCUCCCACGACGGAGUAGGGUUUCCUGAUGUGUUGGCUUUGUGUGUGUGUGUGUGUGUGUUCCUUUGUUUGUUCGUUUUGUCCUAAUGUGUUGGCUGUGUGUGUGUGGUGCACGCGUCUGCGUGCUGUGGGUUUCGUUUUGAGGAGGCUGCGUUUUUGGUGCGUGGCAUUCCCUGUUUGAUAUUUGUCUUUGUUUUUUAGGUAUCCCGCUCGCAGCACACCU